AUGUUUGCUGAACGAAUCUCCCAACAUACGCCAAUUAUCAGCCAAGGAGGUGCACUCGAGAGCCGCUCGGCCGGACGCUGGGGCCGGCCUCUCCCGGCUGCGCGAGGGAUCAGCUGGCCCCGGGCACUAAGCCCCAGCGGAAAGAGUACAUGGAGAGAAGCAUCAUUCUGGAUGGCCAUGGGUUGUAUGGAGUUCUGGUUGCGCCUGGAUGCCAGGAGGUCCCUGAUGAAUAAAUGCUGGAAGCAUCCUGGUCGAUACGGCAUGCACAUGGUUUUACAAUGCCCAGGCUCAAGAACAGGGGAGCCGCUGUACGCAACAAACAAUUGCCAGGCCAUCUCUGGCGAGCGUCUGCAGUUCAUAUGGCGAGAAUAUGCAUACCUUCCGUCAACCUCACUGCCAAUGCAUACGUGUGCACACCUACUCACCAUCACGGUAAAAUUCCUCGCUGCAAGCGUUUCUAUCGGUUUCGCGGCCGUCAGUCGCAACGUCAUUGCCAACCCCUGCACUCUAGCAGCAGCCGCAUUCGUCGUCUUCAUCGUGGUAAGGACGGUUGCUGCAGGGAUUGCGCGGCCACCGUAUCCUCCUGGACCAUCUGGUUUGCCAAUCCUAGGCAAUACACUGCAUAUUCCUCAAAUACGCCCAUGGUCGGCAUAUUCGGAGUGGGCCGCAAAGUACGGAGAUACCAUACAUCUUGAGGCACUCGGCGAGCACAUAAUCGUGCUCAACUCUAGCCGAGUUGCGAGGGACCUGCUGGAUAAACGGUCAGCUAUCUAUUCUGAUCGUCCGCAUUUCGUCAUGGCGGGUGAACUUUCAGGAUACGGCGCAGAAUUGCCCCUCCAGAACUACAACAAUGCCUUCAGGGCGCAGCGCAAGAUCGUCGCGCAGACGUUCAAUCCAUCCAUGGUCUCGCGCUACUAUCAUAUUCAAGAGGCCGAGGCGCGCAAGCUCGCAAAGAGCAUUCUCGAUGACCCGAGCGCGCUCAUCUCACAGACCAAGUUCCGGAUUGCGUCCAUCAUCAUGCGCGUCACAUAUGGCUACACGGUGAAGGGCGAGGACGACCCAAUGAUCACGAUUCCCUUCACCUCGAUGGACAACUUCAGCAGGGCGACAGAGCCGGGCAUGUGGAUGGUCGACCUGAUUCCUCAACUCAAGUAUCUCCCCGAGUGGACACCCGGGGCAACCUUCUUGCGCACGGCGAAGAAGUGGAAACAGCUUGAAUGGAGCGCAUCAUGGAACCCAUAUCGGUGGUGCAAGGACAACUUGGAGACUGGCGCGGCGCUGACUCCCAGUCUUUGCGCGACUGCACUGUCGCAGGCAGGCGGCAAGCUGUCAAAGGAGGACGAAGAGACUCUGGUCUGGGCGGCCUCAUCAGGCCUGGGCGGCGGGUUGGACACGGCGAAGGCCCAAAAGGAGAUCGACAUGGUAGUGGGCACAGACAGGCUGCCGUCGAUUCAAGGACAGGCCCGCGCUUCCAUAUGUACGGAGCCUCAUCGCGGAGGACUCCCGCACGCGCUAAGCCAGGACGACGUGUACGAAGGGAUGUUUUUCCCGAAGGGCGCUGUCGUCAUGCCCAAUGUCUGGCACAUGCUGCAUGACCCUGCCGUGUAUCCAGAUCCAAUGGCGUUUAGACCCGAGCGCUUCGAGAACUCGGACGCAGAGAUGCGCAAGGUGACAGACCUCGCGUUUGGGUUCGGACGGCGUGCUUGUCCGGGGUACGAUUUCGCGGAGGGUACUGUCUUCGCGGUCGUUGCGACGAUCCUCGCGACGAGCACGGUAAAACGUGCAGUGGACGAGCGCGGGAAGGACAUCCUGCCCGAGGUUACAUACACGAGCGGGACAAUUGUGUUGAAUGACGGAGCAUCAUAUCAAGCUCCGGAGCACUUGACAUGGGCGACAGCAGUCGUCUCGCUUUCAAGUUCCAAGUUCAAGUCUGCGUUGGACUUGUGA